GAAAUAAAAUAAAAUUAAUACGGCUCGCUCUUAACGACUGAAAAUUUUCACAUAUACGUCGAGCAACCAUUCUUAAGCUUCUGUUGUGUAAAUCCAUUGAAAGUUUUGCAGCUGCAAAACCUAAGCAGAAGCAUGGUUUCUUUAAGUCUACUUGUUAUCUGCGCAUUUUCAAAGACCCUGGCUUUCCAUACGAAGGCAUCGACUGAGGUAAAAAAACAUGAUAUUUCCGGACUAAAACCUAACCUGACGGAACUGGUGGAGGCUCUCAACACAAGCCAAAAGAUUUGGCUGAAAAUGCUGAGCUACUCAAGAGAAUCUGUUACAUGUCUUUACUUUGAAAAAAUCGAACUCACGAAGGACUCGUAUCUCUUCAAUGAACGGUACCUAAAACAGGAACAAAGGAAGAAGAUAUUUUUCAGUGCAACACUUUCGGAGGGCCCUGACGGACCUGUGAUGGAUGUCACAUUCGGUGCCUCGAAAGGAGUGAAACCAACACCUUACCUAUUCAAGUUCUGGGAAAACCAUGAAAAGUGCGCAAUUUUCAGGCUACCAUCUGGCUGUGAGCAGUAUGUCUGGGAUUCGCGUGUUAAGAAAAAUGUUAAGCAUUGCGACAAAGCGUAUAAACGCAUUUGUGGGAAGAUGCGCUACAUAGUUUACAAACGCACUUGCCGAACUUGAACAUCUUCUCUCCUAUGUUCCUCAGAAGUUGUUGUACGGAUCACUGAAGAGAAUAAAACUGUUUUUGCUGCAGUA